GCGACAAUCUGCCGAUCAUCGUUUCUCCAACUCCCCCGACCAAGGGAAUUCGCGAACUGUCUUACCGUGAUUUUUAGUUCUAAUACAUGGCGGAUGAGGAACCUGUUGAUCCGAAGAAGUAUCUUGAGGAAUCCUGCAAGCCUAAAUGUGUGAAGCCUUUGCUUGAAUAUCAGGCAUGUGUUAAGAGAAUUCAAGGUGAUGAGACUGGCCACAAACAUUGUACUGGACAGUACUUUGAUUACUGGUCCUGUGUUGAUAAAUGCGUUGCUCUGAAACUCUUUUCGAAACUGAAGUAGCAGGGAUGCUGCUAGAUCAUGGGCUCAUUUCUACUCAUCUGCGGCGCUUCUUUUCGAUUUGAUCAGCAUACAUUUUUUGAAUUAAAAUAAUGGAAGAUGUCUUAAAUUGAUUGCUUUGUAACUUGCAAGUUGUUGAAGGUGAUAUCAUGCGAGGUCAUGCUGGUAAUUUUAAAGAUGGACGCUAUAUAUUGCUC